UUAAAAUGGAGAGAUAUGGCGAGGGUAGAAUUAUAGCCCGGGAUCGGUGCGCUCGCGCGAAAAGCUGACGGCCGGGGGUUCGUGGCUGCGUUGCUCUGCGGUCUGUGUUCUAUUGGGUUCAAUAAAUCUUAAUUUAAAGUAAAGUACGUUGAUUGCCGCGGCGAAGUUUGUACGUUGGUUGCUGUGAGGCAUUUUCUGACUGUGGAAGGAAAGCUCACAGACAGACGGGGCGCGCGUUUCAUACAUACAGAUAGAUAGACAGGAACACAGGCAGCAGCAGCAGCGACUUGCCACUUGCCGACCGGGCUGGUCUGGACGAGUGCGACAUUUUGCGUCGAGUUCUGGAAGAGAUAGCACAUGCCGAAAACAAAAAUGCUCUGUGCGUUGGCGUAUUGCGCGAAGCUAUGCUGUAUUUGACGCGCGAUCCCAAACCACCGUCACCUACGGGCGCUAGCAUGGAUUGUGUGAACGCGAUCGAGUAUUACAUUAACGACUAAGCGCACGCGCGCGUGUUUGUUGGGACUUAAGUCGUGCGAGGGGAAGUGGAAGAAGAAGAAGAAGCAGAAGCCCGCGCCGUUUCUUGGGUCGUUCAGGCCGGUUUCGAACUUUCAGCUCGCCCGAUGUCGCAGUUGUGCUAGAAAAGAGAGAAUCGCAAGUGAACAUUUCAACCGACGGAGAAGUGCUAAUCAGUCACUGAUUGAUCGCUAAAAGUUUGCGCUAAUACAAAAGUGAAGAGAGGUAUCAUGCGCGAGUGGUGCUAAUCUGUGAGGGUAUGAAUUAGCGAUGCAGAACAUCUCGGCUUAGUGGGAGAAGCUCAAAAUUAAGCUAAAGGACGUUUCCAUCGACAGGCCAGCAAACAUUAUCAAAGUGGAGCUGCUACUGAACAAAGUGUUGGAACAACUGUCCCUGAAGCUUUACGCCACUGGUGUGCCAUAUGGAGACGGAAAAUAAGAGUUCGGAAUUCGUCGUUUUUAUGGUCAACAAAAUGCUGAUUGAUAUCGAGAAUACUCUACUGCAAAGCCAUCGACAGCGCGAAACUACCGGAAUUAAGAAGCUCUACAACUCAUUCUUCGUGCUGUUCUAACUGACUCGCGGACACAAGGACCGAAAUCUUGGUGCACGUCCGAUCCGAUUACUUUGUGUGUACUUAGUGUUAUCAUAUGUGAGCGUAUAAAUAUCCAGAAAAA